AUGGCCCCAGCAGCCAUCACCCCCAUCUCCCCCCCAUCACCCACGCUGGACAGCACGUUGAAGCUGACCAAAGCGGGCACGCACACGACCUUGUCCCAAACCAUCUCGAAUGAUUCUCCAGCAGUUCAUGAUCUCGACGCCUCCAAGCUCACCAUCACGCCGAACCUCAAUCCCAAGCCGGUCCCAGCCCUAGACUCACCAGAAGUGUGGGCUCAGAAUGUGACCACGGACCAUAUGCUCACUGCCCGGUGGACCGAGAAGGCCGGUUGGGACAGCCCCGAGAUCAAACCCUACGGGCCCCUGUCCAUCAUGCCCACCGCCUCAGUCUUGCACUACGCGACCGAGUGCUUCGAGGGCAUGAAGGCUUACCGGGGCUUCGACGGCAAAGUGCGACUCUUCCGCCCAGAACGAAAUGCAAAGCGUUUCUUGCAGUCAGCUACCCGUAUUGCACUGCCGGGCUUCCCGCCUGAAGAAUUCUUAAAGCUGCUGAAGAAAUUUGUUGGUGUUGAGGCAAAGAAAUGGAUUGCCGAACCGGGCCGGUAUAUCUACAUUCGUCCGACCAUGAUAGCCACAGCUGCGGCACUGGGCGUCCAAAAACCCAAAGAGGCGCUCAUGUACAUCAUGAUGGUCGUGUUCCCGCCUUUGGAUGAGCCAACCCCCAGCGAUAAGGGGCCUUCGUCAGCCGCGCAGCUCAGCACGAACGGCGGCCAGACCAUCACAGCAAAAGACCGAGCGUCCCUUGGGAUGCGACUCCUUGCCUCACGCCACGACAUGAUCCGCGCUUGGCCCGGCGGCUUCGGCAACGCCAAGGUCGGAGCCAACUACGGACCGUCACUUGUUGCGCAAGGGGAAGCUCGCGAGCGCGGAUACAGCCAGAUCUUAUGGCUUUUCGGCGAUGAGUGCUUCGUGACCGAAGCCGGAGGGUCGAAUUUCUUCGUCCUCUGGGUCAAUAAGGAGUCUGGGCAGAGGGAGCUCGUGACCGCGCCUUUGGGCGAUGGUGUGAUUCUUGAAGGCGUUACGCGAGCCAGUGUGUUGGAUUUGGUAAAGAAAUCAAGGCCCGAGGUCGAUGUUGUAGAGCGCAGGUUCACGAUGAAUGAGCUGCUCGAGGCGGAUGCGGAAGGCCGUCUUCUGGAGGCGUUUGCUGCCGGUACAGCUUUCUUCAUUGCCCCGAUUGCGGAUAUUCAUUUCCGCGGUGUCGAUCUCGUUCUGCCCCUUGGCAAGGCACAGGGUCGAGGUGAGUUCGCGAUGGGUGUUAAGCAGGACCUGAAGGAUAUCAUGUAUGGGAACGUGGCCCAUGAGUGGGGUAACGUGGUGGGAGAGAUGGGAAUGUAG